AUGAAGAACAAGAUUGCCUUCAUUGAAGGAAGUCUACCUCAACCCAGUCCUAAUGAAACCCGUCUUCAAGUUGCUUGGCUAGGAGCAAACAAUCUUGUUUUGUCUUGGUUAAUGAAUUCCACCGCAAAGGAGAUUCGAGGAAGUCUUCUUUAUUUCAGCAAUGCUUCUAACAUUCGGGAUGAAUUAGAGGUUAGAUACCUUCGCAGUGAUGGUCCACGAGUAUUUACCGUGGAGAAAUCUUUAACCUCAAUUUCUCAAGGCUCUAACUCAAUUAUUGAAUAUUUCAAUGACUUCAAAACCCUUUGGGAUGAAUACAUUACCUAUCAUCCUCUUCCCACUUGUAGUUGUGGAAUUAUGGAAACUUGCACUUGUGCCAUUUUAAAGAAUCUUGCUGAUCGCCAACAAGCAGACUAUGUGAUGAAGUUCUUGAUUGGUUUACAUGAUUCCUAUUCAGGCAUUCGAAGUUAG